UUACCUACUAGUUAAUUUAGCCAAUUUAGCUAAUUACCUCCUAUCCUCUCUUAAUAUUCUCAGUCCUCUGAUAUGUCAUAUCAUUCAAUUUCUCACCGCCUUACAAAACAAUCCCACCUAUUUAUAUCCAAAAAUCCAUGUGAUAAAUUUUAGGAAAAAAAACACAGAAUGACAGAAAGUAGCAGAGAAUCCAUGGAAGAAGCAUCCUCUCAUGAAAUCACCUCCCUUCUCAUUCCUAAGGAAGAGAAAAAACAUGAAGGCUUCCAUGGCCAAUCAUCAUCUUCCGGAUCAACAGAAGAAGAAAACUCACCAGUGGAACAAGUAGCGCUAACUGUGCCGACAACAGACGAUCCCUCCCUCCCCGUCCUGACGUUCCGAAUGUGGGUCCUAGGCACUCUCUCCUGCGUCCUCCUCUCCUUCCUCAACCAAUUCUUCUGGUACAGAACCGAGCCCCUCUCCAUUACCGCAAUCUCCGCCCAGAUUGCGGUGGUGCCUCUGGGGCAGCUUAUGGCUUCCAAAAUCACCAACCGUGUCUUCUUCAAAGGGUCCCGCUGGGAAUUUACGCUAAACCCUGGCCCUUUCAAUGUCAAGGAACAUGUUCUAAUUACCAUCUUCGCCAACUCCGGCGCCGGCACCGUCUACGCGAUCCAUAUUGUUACCGUGGUUAAAGUUUUUUACAAGAAGCACAUCACCUUCUUCGUGUCCUUGCUUGUUAUCCUAACAACGCAGGUAUUAGGGUUUGGUUGGGCUGGGAUUUUUAGAAGAUACUUGGUUGAACCAGCUGCUAUGUGGUGGCCAGCAAACCUGGUUCAAGUUUCACUGUUCAGGGCCCUCCAUGAGAACGAAGCAAGGCCCAAGGGUGGGUUGACACGUACCCAGUUCUUCCUAAUUUCCUUCAUGUGCAGCUUUGCAUACUAUGUUUUCCCAGGCUACCUCUUUGAGAUGCUAACUUCCCUUUCAUGGAUAUGUUGGAUUUUCCCCAACAAUGUCUUGGCCCAACAGCUUGGCUCAGGUCUUUAUGGGCUUGGAAUUGGCGCUGUUGGGAUUGACUGGUCAACCAUCUCCUCCUACCUUGGAAGCCCACUUGCAAGCCCAUGGUUUGCCACAGCCAACGUGGCAGCUGGUUUCUUCUUUGUCAUGUAUAUAUUGACUCCCAUUUGCUACUGGUUUAAUAUCUACAAAGCCAAAACCUUCCCCAUUUUCUCAGACACAUUGUUCACAUCGGAUGGUCAAGAAUACAACAUAACAGCCAUCAUUGACUCAAAUUUUCACCUUGAUUUGGAAGCAUACAAUCGGGAAGGUCCGCUUUAUCUCAGCACAUUUUUCGCCAUAACAUACGGUGUUGGCUUUGCUGCGCUUACCGCCACAGUUGUACAUGUUGCUUUAUUUCAUGGAAGGGAAAUAUGGGAGCAAAGCAAAGCAAGUUUCAAGGAGAAGAAAAUGGACAUACACACAAGGUUGAUGCAGAGGUACAACCAAGUGCCUGAGUGGUGGUUUGUGAUCAUACUUUUGGUCAACAUUGCAGUCACUAUAUUUUCUUGUCAAUAUUAUAUUGAGCAGCUCCAGUUGCCUUGGUGGGGUGUUUUACUAGCUUGUGCUAUUGCCAUUGUCUUCACCCUCCCCAUUGGUAUCAUCACUGCCAUCACAAAUCAGACACCAGGCUUAAACAUCAUCACUGAGUAUAUAAUUGGGUACAUCUACCCCGGAUACCCAGUAGCCAAUAUGUGCUUCAAGGUGUAUGGCUACAUAAGUAUGACACAAGCCAUCACAUUUUUGCAAGACUUCAAGCUUGGUCACUACAUGAAAAUCCCCCCCAGAACUAUGUUUAUGGCCCAGGUUGUGGGAACCCUAAUAGCUGCCAUUGUAUACCUGAGCACAGCUUGGUGGCUAAUGGAAACAAUCCCGGACAUAUGUGAGGACACGUCAUCAUUAUGGACUUGCCCUAGUGACACAGUAUUUUAUGAUGCCUCGGUCAUAUGGGGCCUGAUUGGUCCUAGAAGAAUAUUUGGUGACUUAGGCAUAUAUGAGGCAAUCAACUGGUUCUUCCUAGUUGGCGCAAUUGCCCCCAUUUUUGUAUGGCUAGCUGCCAAGGCAUUCCCACAACAAGAGUGGAUUAGGCUCAUCAACAUGCCGGUCCUAAUCGGUGCGACAGGAUUGAUGCCGCCAGCUACGGCAGUGAACUACACUUCUUGGAUUAUUUUAGGGUUUCUAUCUGGUUUUGUGGUGUAUAGAUAUAGACCAGACUGGUGGAGGCGCCAUAAUUAUGUACUCUCUGGGGCACUUGAUGCUGGACUUGCCUUCAUGGGGGUACUUUUGUAUUUUAGCUUGGGGUUGGAGGACAUUAGUCUUAGUUGGUGGGGGAAUGACCUUGAUGGUUGUCCUUUGGCUACUUGCCCUACGGCCAAGGGAGUGGUUGUUGAGGGUUGCCCUACUUACACAUAGAAGAAAGAAAUUGUAAGUUGUAUAUAAUCCCUUUGUAUUUUAUUGUUGAAGAAUUGCACUAGAUACGAAAUUGAUGAUAAAAUUCCAAUUGA